GCCCGGCAGUUCCGCGCGGGCGGAGCGGGGAGCGGCACCCGCGGCGGCGGUCCGGCAGCAUGGGCUGGAGCUGACAGCGCCCGCCCCGCUUCAGACGCCGAGCGCUUUGCCGGCGGGUGGAGCGCGGCAGCGGGGAAGGGAAAAAGUUGCCGCUGUCCGCCCGGGGAAAACUUUCUGCCGGCGAGGCGAGGAGGAGGGAGGAGGAGGCGGCGGAGGAGCCGAGCCCUCCGGUGCGGUCCCUGCGCGGCGGCGGCGGCGGCGGGACGCGCUGCGCUGCGCUGAGGCGGCGCGGGGGCCAUGCCCGCCGCCAGCCUGCUGCCGCUCUUCGGUAGCGCGGCGGGGCCGGGGGCGCUGGGCGGCCCGGCGGGCGGCGGCGGCGGCGGCGCGGGCGGCGGGGGCAGGAAGGCGGCGGGCCCCGGCGCGUUCCGGCUGACGGAGAAGUUCGUGCUGCUGCUGGUGUUCAGCGCCUUCAUCACCCUCUGCUUCGGGGCCAUCUUCUUCCUGCCCGACUCCUCUAAGCUCCUCAGCGGCGUCUUCUUCCACUCGGCCGCCCUGCAGCCGCCGCCGCCGCCGCCCGGCGGGCAGCCCCGCGCCCCGCCGCAGCCCGGGGCCGGCCCGGCGGCGGCAGCGGUGGCGGCGGCGGCGGGCGGGGCGGGCAGCCUGGAGCGGAUCCGGGCGGACCACGAGCGGGCUCUGCGGGAGGCCAAGGAGACGCUGCAGAAGCUGCCCGAGGAGAUCCGCAGGGACAUCCGCCAGGAGAAGGAGAAACUUCUGCAGGACGCCCGCGGCAGGAAGGAGGCGGGAGCCCCCGGGCUGCCCCAGCGCCUCUUCCGCCAGCCCGUCGGCGCCGUGGGGCAGGAGCCCGCCGACCCCGCCGUCCGGCAGCGGAGGGCCAAAAUCAAAGAGAUGAUGAAACAUGCCUGGGAUAAUUAUAAGCGUUACGCAUGGGGAUUAAAUGAACUGAAACCCAUAUCUAAGCAAGGACAUUCAAGCAAUUUAUUUGGUAACAUUCAAGGAGCAACAAUAGUGGAUGCCCUUGAUACACUAUACAUCAUGGAAAUGAAGGAGGAAUUCAAGGAAGCCAAGGAGUGGGUUGAAAAAAACUUAGACUUCAAUGUGAAUGCUGAAAUUUCGGUAUUUGAAGUGAACAUUCGUUUUGUCGGUGGACUGCUUUCAGCUUAUUAUCUUUCGGGAGAAGAGGUUUUCCGAAAAAAGGCAGUGGAGCUUGGAGAGAAAUUGCUACCUGCUUUCAACACUCCCACAGGGAUACCUUGGGCGUUGCUCAAUAUCAAGAGUGGAAUUGGUCGAAAUUGGCCAUGGGCCUCUGGCGGCAGCAGCAUUUUGGCAGAAUUUGGGACUUUGCAUCUGGAGUUUGUACACUUGAGCCACCUGUCUGGAAAUCCUGUCUUUGCUGAAAAGGUAAUGAAUAUUCGAAAAGUUCUAAAUCGACUGGAUAAACCAGAGGGCCUUUACCCCAACUAUCUGAAUCCCAGCAGUGGCCAAUGGGGCCAGCAUCACGUCUCCAUUGGAGGGCUUGGGGAUAGCUUUUAUGAAUAUUUGCUCAAGGCAUGGCUGAUGUCGGACAAGACAGAUGAAGAAGGCAAGAAAAUGUAUUAUGAUGCUGUUCAGGCCAUAGAGACCCACCUCAUUCGAAAAUCAAGCGGGGGGCUGACAUACAUUGCUGAGUGGAAGGGUGGACUGCUGGAACACAAGAUGGGACAUCUCACUUGUUUUGCUGGAGGCAUGUUUGCUCUAGGAGCAGACGGAGCACCUAAUGACAAGACGGGCCACCACAUCGAGCUUGGUGCUGAAAUUGCUAGGACUUGCCAUGAAUCCUAUGAUCGUACGAGCAUGAAACUGGGACCAGAAGCCUUCAGAUUUGAUGGUGGUGUUGAGGCCAUCGCUACAAGACAAAAUGAAAAAUACUACAUCCUACGACCAGAAGUCAUAGAGACCUACAUGUACAUGUGGCGGCUCACUCAUGACCCAAAGUACAGGCAGUGGGGAUGGGAAGCUGUAGAGGCACUGGAAAAACACUGCAGAGUGGAUGGUGGCUAUUCCGGCAUUAGAGAUGUUUAUAACAAUCAUGAAAGCCAUGAUGAUGUGCAGCAAAGUUUCUUCCUUUCAGAGACACUCAAGUACUUGUACUUGCUGUUUUCUGAAGAUGAUCUUCUUCCAUUCGAACAUUGGGUCUUCAACACAGAGGCUCAUCCUCUGCCUGUUCUUCACAAAGAUGAUGGGAAUAAAGAAGAAAACCAGAAAUAGAUGAAGAUUAAGUUAUACUUUGUUUCAUUCCUUAUGUUUCUUUCCAGGACUUGGGCACAUGAUUUGGUUUUAAAUUCCUGAGUUAAGUUUUUAAAUCAAGUGUUUUGCAGUCCGUUUUCUUUAACAGUAAAUAUUUAUGAAUGGACCCAAACUAAUUAUGAUAAAACCUCAGGCCUCUAAUCCAGCUGAACCACUUCUUAGAAGAGAAAUAGGACAUCUCUCCAGAUUUUGUUAGGCUGCAGUGUCAUCUUGGCCAAAAGAGGGUCUGCAUGUUACUUGUUUCCUGUUAUGCUUUUAAUUUGACUGCAAAAUUCUUUUUCUCCUCUGUGAGGAGAUGUCUGCUUUAAGCUGUAAUAUUUUGCCAUGUUGCAAAAAGCCAUAUUGAAUUAAGUAUAAAGAGCUUUUUUGUUUUGUUUUGUUCUAUGUUAAUUUUUGUGUGUCAUCCAAGACAAAUCUUGUGACUGUGACAGCCUCUUCUUUAUGCGGGUCUAUCAUUACUUGGUAAAGUAGCUGAUGUAUUUCAUUGUCAAUGAAGUCUACAUAGGAAUAUUUUCAUCUCAUGCAGACACAACUCUGAAACUGCAGUAUAUGUUGAAGUUAGUCUAAACUUAGUUUUUAUGAAUUUAGCACAUUAGUUAGCAGACCUUAGUUUUUCAGGUUUUGAUUAGAAUAUUGUAAUAGAAUAAAUUGUUUGCUCCCUUUUCUAAGUGGUGUUAAUCUCAUAUCUUUAGUCAGGCUAAUACAGACUAAAAGAAGAUAGUCAUUUCAUAUUAAGAAAGGGAGUCUUACCUUAUUUAUGUAUUUAGUCCAGUAACUUUCAUUUGGAUGGAUGGUAAAAAAACAUAAAAAAAUACUUGAUGACAUUUUCCUGGAAGCUAAGAAUUAUACCAGAGACAACUUGGUUUUCUGGGACUUCCCCAAACAUUCAGAUAGGUUCAGACUUGACAAUCUAUGUUAAUAAAGUUAGAUGUCCAGAUGCCUUGAAAAUCACUUGUCUCCUUAAAAGAUAUUUGGAGAGGAAAUUAUCCAGUGUACAACUCAAACUUUCUGAAAGCACCAAGUCCAUCUUCUUGAAGUGAUGGAAACACAGUGUACUUAAAAUUACUCCCUAGAUUAGAGGCCUGGCUUACUAAGAAAGGUAACAGCUUUGCCAAAAAUACUUUACUUUAUAGCAUCACCAAAGGGAAAAAAAAAAAUAGGCACAAUUAAUUCCUGUUUCUACUUAAGUGUAGUAGUUUGGAGUGGUUUACAUGAUUAUUAAGUCUACCUAUGUUUUUAUUUAAUGACAGGAUGACUUUCAUGUAUUUUGAGUAGGGUGUAACACCUGGCUUCCUAUUCUGAGAAAGCACAUUAUUCACUAAUUUGACUGCAGCAAAACAAAUAUGGUUCUGAACAGUAAUCUUCUUUAAAGGUAUUUAUUAAGCUAGCUCACAUGUCCAGCAUAGCUAAUCAUAGCUGAGGAAGCACAUUUGUUUAGGCAUUACAGAGUACAUUUUUUUUUCCUGUACUGACAGAGGUCUGCAGUGUAGUUUUUCUUAGGUAGAAGCCAAGAGCAAAGAUAACAGAUUACAUUUUUAUAUAUAGCGGCUGGAGACUGACCCAUAAACUUGACCCUCUGGCAUCUGUAAAGACAGCCCUGCCUCUCUGCUUCCCCUGCAGACAGAGAAGAUGGCAUGUGCCACAUGAGCCACCCAAGACACUUACUUACAUAGGGGGCAAGGGAAGAGCAUCUUCAGCGACGCUGAUCCUUCCAUCACAGGACUGGCAGAGCUGUGCGUUCGUACAUGGAAGUUAAUAGGGGUACCCUGCUGAGCCUGGGCAACCCAGAGCUGGGAGAAUGGAUACAAACCUAUGUGCAUCUGCCUCAGAUGAAGCCUGCUUACGUGGAACUGGUGCAUUGAGUCAAGACUUUUUACUUUACUGCCUUUUUUUAAUUAUUAUUAUUUUCUUUUUUAAAGUAUGGAUUCCCUCAUGUCACAGUAACAGUUUUCUGAAACUGAACGAGCAAGAAUGAAGUCUUGCUCUCCUGUUGAAAAGCAGAACUCCUGCUGAUUUUGAUACUCCAGAAUUUGUAUUGUUGGAGGACUAUAAUAUUUCAUUGUAUUUCUUCAGAAACAGUAUUUAUAAGGGAGCUUUUUUCCACACACACACCCCCACCCCAAGUAGCACAGAGAAAUUAUAGGUGUGGAAUAAAAACAAAAGUUCUCUUCCCUCUUAAACCAAAAAGUAAUAGUAAUUACUUUUAUCUUAGUUAUCAUUGUUAGAUCAUCUGCUCCUGCCUACCACGUGGUUGUGCAUGUGCUGCUAUAGGCCUCAUAUCAGUUAAGUAACUACAGUAGCUCAGACAAAAACAGUCUUUGAGAAAUGUGUUUUGUAAGCCUCUUUUUACAUUUUUUUCUUAACCACACUAUGCUUCCCCCAGCUGUGUCUAGUGAUCUUGCCUUUACUUAACAAGCUGAAGAGAAACAGUGGAGAAACAGAUAGCUCUUCUCUGUGUCUCAAAAAGCAGGCUACAAACAUACAAUUCUUGUAUGCAUUGGGUCCUUUGUACUUAAAUAAUAAGCAUCAUGACUGUUUCCUUGUAAUACAGACACUUAGGAUGUUUUGUUUUGGUUUUUUUUUAGUUUGGGAGUUACGAUGAUUUGAAAGAGCACAAAUUUGAUGUGACUGGUAUUGGUAUUCAGGUUGUAUGUACAAACUGCACUAUACUGUACUUUUUGUAAACUAAUGUAAGUAGACGAGACGAUUGUACAACGUGUAGAUCUGCCAACUGUAAGAAAAAAGCCUUUUCAUAAACUGAGAAUAUAUUGAUUUUUCUUUUUUUUUUUUUUUUUAAUUAACCCCAAAACACCAAAGUUAGAGCAAUCAUUCUGAAACAGUCAGUACUUACCACUGCUUGUUAGAUUGCCAAGAUAACAUGCGUUUUACUUCCCUUUCACUGAACUAGCUGUGUGGAAGUGGCUAGUGAUGGUCACUUUGUGUUCCCAGUCACUCAUAAGAGCAAAAGAAAUUGCUUGGUGCGGGGAGGAAUGGACUGGUAUCUUUGCAUAAACACACUGUCUAUACUUUUCCCAUUUCUUUGUAGCAUAAUAAUGCAUUUGAAUCUGCCUAUGUUAAGUCCUAAGAGGUAGAUCACUUUAAAUGGCACCCACAUUGUUUCAUGGGAAAAAAGAAAAUGUUUUGAUUGUUUGUGAGAUUAAGUAUUGCAUAUGUGUUGGUUGUACACAGAUUUUUUGCAAUGCCCAAUGGCUCACUGUUUCUAUGGUGACUUCAUCAUACAUAUUAUCCAUUUCUAUCAUGCAUUUAAAUUGGUUUUGAUUUGUACAUAGUCCAUUUAGUCUUUUCAUCUUUAUAUAAACUGAAAUUAUGGAAUACAUAAUAGAUCAAGAUGCUUAAUUUUUAAGAACUUAUAUUUGUAAAAAUUUCUCUAUUGUGAAUAAAGUCUUUUAAUAUAUCUGUUCAACUUGUUACAAUUUUUCCCAAGUGUGUUGCAGAAGUAACUACAGGAAUCUGCUGCAUAGUCUGGUUUGGCUGCUAUACUCAUGAAUUUUUGUCAGCAGAUUGGUUUGAUGCAGAUUAGUACUGUGUGUACUUGUUAAGAUAUUAUUGUUAAUUAAUGUUAGUCAGUGUAUAUAGAAUUGCUACCACAGAAAUAAAUUCCUAGAAAUUUUUGUCAAUAAAGUUCAUCCUACCAAAUGUAUUUUGGUAGAAAGUGAGCUUACUAAUGAAAAGCAGGAAGCUGGGAAGUCAGAGGUGGCAGGCAGUAAGCACAGUGAAGGUCAGUCACUCCAAUUCGUGUUCUGCACAAUACAAGCAGGCUUCAGCUAAAUGCCAUUUAGGAGCAAACACCAGAGCAGAGAUGACAUGGCUGUCACAGUGCCCAGCAUUACAUGAUCAUGUAAUGAAACACUAUCAUUAAGUCCAUGCUCCAGAGGAGAGAGGAACAGUUGUCAUAGGAACCGUAACUACAUUUUGUGUCAGAAGGACGUGUCAGUAAGAUCUCCAAUCUAAAUACCGAAAUAAUAGCUACACCUCAUAGAUAACCUUGUUUUCUCUGUUUAGCAGUAAGCCUCAUCCAAAGACAAGAGUGAAAUAAACUGCCAUGAUUUUA